GUCUACCGAUCGGUAUAUUCGAAUAAACAAUUGUGCAGCAUUAAAGGUGGCUGUAAAAUUUAUCAGAAAGAGAAACCAUUCACUUUUUUUUCAUUCAAGUAGAUUUCCUCUUUUUAUACAUAUAAAGAAAAUUAAGCGACAACAAGCGAGAGAGAAAGAGCGAAAUGAGGGCAUGAAUGAUCAUUUUUUACGUCUUGUACAAUUGCACAUAUGUCUCGAAAAAUGUGUACUAGUCGUAUUAUUAUGAAUAUUACAAUAAUAUACGUCACAAUAUUUUGUUAUGAUGAUGUUGAUGUUCACAUUAUGCAAAAUCUCAUUAUGGCAGUAGCCGGAGUAGUCCGUAUAGAACAUGAACUGAAAUGAGCAAAACAGAGAAACAAAUGAAAUGGAGAAUAAUCUUUUUUUUCGAGAUUGAAACAUUUUCGACGUUGUAUUAUACACCCGGGCACAUACACACACAUACACAAACAGACAAUGUACAAUUACUUUGCAUACAUACACUACACACUGAUUAACAUACAUCUAUAAGCAAAUAAAACUGAUGUUUUAAAAGUGCCACAAGGAAUUUUAAAAAAAUGACUUCCCUUUCAUCAUAUAUAGAUAGAUAUUACACUUAGACAAUGUUUAUCCCUUAUUUAUUUGUGUGCUGUUGUCGUAUUUAUUUUCCAAGGAAAAUUGAACAAUAGAUUAUUAUAAAUGAAUUACUCAUUUAAUUGGUGAAAUUAAUCAUAUAAUUAAGUAAUUUACUAUAUUCAAAUAGUUGUUUUUAUUUCCUUCUGCUUUCUAAAAUCAUUAUAAAUACUACCGAUGUUUGAAGAACAAUUCACUUAGGUGGUAUUCAUUAUAUCUAUACAUCAUUACAAAGAACAUUUAACAGAUAACAUUGAAAACAAUUCAUAUUAAUAAUAAUACUGAUAAUGAUAAUAACAAUAAUGGAGAGUAAUCUGUUUCAGCAUAGACAACAAAGAAAACAAAAUGGACACAUUAUUUUGAUCAUCAGUUCACUUUUCUACUGUUUCUUUUGUGUAAUGACACAUGAUAAUGAAUUUAGAGAAAGCAGAAAAUUCUUCACAAGAAGCGUGUUUGAUUUACGCAUUGAACAUUUGAUCUUAAAUUUGGCAAACCAUUUAAAUAAAUCAAAUGAAUUAAUAUAUAAAGAGAAAUGCUUUACACAUAUCAAUAUUAAUCAGUGUCAUUUUGUUUUAGGCAUAUGUAUAGCUGAAACAAAGUAUAUAAAUAAUGUAAACCAGCGUAUUUUAUUGAAUAGACCAAUUCUAAUUAAACGUCAAGAUAAAUUAAUUCAUCCUUAUAAUCGAACAUCAUCAUUUUCAUGGGAAUUUUAUAAUGAUUUAUUACCAGUCGAUUGUGAAAUCGGACAUGGACAAAUUUUAACCGGUUUACUUAAUUUGAAUACAUCGAUUAACCAUGUUAAUUUAACUUACAGUGUUAAAUUAAGCACAAUGAUAAAGCAUAAUGUAAAAUUGUUAUUCAACGUAUAUCAUCUUACAUCUAACGGAGAUUUAUGGCUAAUUGAUCAGCUAUCUUCAAUAUUGUCCAGGGUUGAACUAAAUCAGCCAUGGAGGCCAAUCAAAUUGCUUGAAACUCGAUAUAACUCAAGUACAGAAAUCCGUAAAGCAUUUAGAAAUGAAAAUUCUAUAAACUCAUCGUCUUCCUCAUUAAUAUUAUCUCAAACAUACUUUAAUAUUUCAGCCAGUUAUCGUUAUUCAUGUACUUUAAACUACUAUGGAGAACAUUGUAAUCAUUACUGUAAACCACGUGACUCAAAAUUAGGUCACUAUCAAUGUCAUCCACAAACUGGUGAGUUAAUAUGUAAUGCGGGAUGGACAGGGGCAAGGUGUAAUCAAGCACUUUGUAGAAAAGGUUGUAAACAUGGAACUUGUAUUGGACCGGAACUAUGUCGUUGUAUUGAUGGAUGGGCAGGUUUGAAUUGUGAUCAGUGUAUUACAACACCGGGUUGCUUGAAUGGACAUUGUCAAUUUAAUUCGAAACACACUAGUUACUUACCAUUCACGUGUGAAUGUGAACCUGGUUGGACAGGGAUGCUGUGCAAUAUCAAUAUGCGCGUAUGUGAUAGUAAUGAGCAUGUAAAUAUCUGUCAGAACCACGGUAUCUGUAUUAAUCAACCUGACCCGAAUGGAUUAAAAGUAUUAUACAGAUGUGAAUGUUUGCCAGGAUUUUAUGGAACACAUUGUGAAAAACAAAUAAACAAUUGUAGAUUUCAUGGAUGCAAUAACAGGGGAAAAUGUAAAAAAGAAGGCAAUUGUAUAUGUGAUCCAAGUUAUUAUGGUUCAUUUUGUCAAUUCAAUCAAACAACAUGCAGUCAAGAUCCAUGUUUAGGAAAUCUAUCUAAAUGUUAUAUAACACCAAAUGAAACAAGAAUAAUUAACAAUGAGCGAUCAAAUCAAAUUGUAAAACAAUUCAAAUGUCAGUGUGAACAAGGGAAAUUUGGUGAAAAUUGUGAAUAUGAUUUGGAUGAGUGUUUAUUGGAACCAUGCCUAAAUGGUGGUCAAUGUGUUGAUUUGAUAACCGGUUAUCAAUGUAUAUGUCCACCUCGUUUCACUGGUCCACAAUGUCAAUUUACAUUAAAAGCAUGUCAAAAUAAUUCAUGCUCUAAUGGUGGAGAAUGUUUAGAUGAAUCAGUCAGUUUUCAGUGUCAUUGUUUAAAAGGAUGGAAAGGUAGAACAUGUCGAGAGAAUAUUAAUGAAUGCUCUGAAAUACCAAAACAAACUGGUCGUUCAUUAUGUCAAAAUAAUGCCGGUUGCCGUGAUCUUUUAGGAUCAUAUAAAUGUUUAUGUUCAUCUGGAUGGGAAGGAAAACAUUGUGAAAUGCGUAAAUCAAAUAAAACACAAAAUAAUUAUCAUUAUCCAUAUCAUUAUUCUACUGAUGAUUGUCAAUAUGAUAAAGAUGUAAAUAAUUCAAUAAGUGAAAAUCGACUAAAUCAUCAUAAUAAUGAAUUUUUAAUAUUAUUUAUUAUAUUAACAAUAGCUUUCCUUAUAAUGAUACUUUCAUUAAGUGGAGUAAUUCUAUUUUUUUGUACAAGUGAUAAACAUAAAAAAAUGAAAAAAUCUAAAAAUAUUUCUACAUGUCAAAUGAUAAAUACAAAUCUAUCAAAAACAAUUAAUCAUUCAAAUAGUAUUAAAACAAUAAAAUCUAAUUAUCACCAUAGUACAUUAUCUAAUCAACAAUUUGUUUAUCCAAUACAAUAUAAAAAACCAAUUACAGAUUGGCCUUAUUUUCUUUAUGUAAAUAAAUCAAUUUCAGAUCCAAUUUAUAUGAAUAUUGAAAAGAAUUCACAUGAAAUUGAUCAGAAUCAAAUAAAUUUCUCUUUUAUUAAAUCACCUCAAUGUUAUAUCAAAAGAAAUUUACAUUUCAAUCAAAAUACUCAAUUGAAUUCAUUACUAAAAUCUAAUAAUAUUGAUAAAUAUUGUUUAAAGAAACAAUUAAAUUUAGUAUUAAAAGAAGAUCCAGAUAAACACAAUUCCAAUGAUAACAAUCAUAAUAAUAAUAAUAAUAAUCAAUAUUAUGUUGAUAAUUAUGAUACUCAUAACCAUGACAACUUGAAUCAUUCAUUACCAUUAUCAUUAACAACAUUUAAUCAGCGAUCGGAUACACCACCUCCAACAUAUGAAAUCUCAAUUGGUUUAAAUAAAAUAGUGAAAAAGUGAACAGAAAGAAAAAAGUUAUCCAUAAGUCAUAAGUGAAAUUUAUAAAUAUAGAUUUUCACCAAGACAAUCUUUUAUUCUUAUUGGAAUAUUAUAGAUAAAUGAAUGAUAAGAGGUAAAAUAACAUUUACUAUUACAUGAGUAUAUUAUAUGUCGACUAGAUUUAAUAUCUAAAUCAAUUGGUCUGUAUAACAUACAUAAAUAUACUAUGCAUUUCUGAAACAAGUUUAUUUUUAACUUGAGUCAUUAAAAAAAAUAUAAGAUUUGUUUGGGG